CCAGGUAGAGGUGAAGAGGCAGGGAAGGAGCCGGAACGCACUGGGGACCGAACGUCCCAGAAAGCACGGGAGAGAACCGGGAAAGGGGACUGAAUGGCCGGCAGGAAAACUGCGGUGGAAGCCGAGGCCAACCUAGAGAAUCUCGUAGACCUUCCACAGAAAAGAGAAGGCACCAACGCGAGCUUCGAACAGGACUAAGCGGUUGCGAAAAGAGCACGAAAAUGCUGAAGGGGCCGCUGGCAGUACUGACGAAACGGUAGCCGGCGCGAGGGGAGGCAGAAAGCGAGGCCUGCAGACACCGGGCAGACUGUGUGUACCCUGAGGUUGGUACUGAAUCUGUCCUGUUCCUGGUGGUGUCCUCGGAACAUAAAACAGUGCCUGUCGUAUAGCAGGUUGUGCUUCAGGAAGACUAUAGGGAAGAACACAUUUUCUUGCCUCAGAAGUUGCAGUAGAAAAGCUGAAGGUUCCAACGGACCCAUGAGUAUUCUCAUAAUUGAGGCAUUUUAUGGAGGCUCCCAUAAGCAACUGGUGGAUCUACUCCAAGAAGAGUUAGGAGACUGUGUACUUUUUACGCUCCCUGCAAAGAAAUGGCAUUGGAGAGCACGGACAUCGGCUUUAUACUUCUCUCAGAACAUUCCCAGCAGUGAGCACUACAGGAUCCUCUUUGCAAGCUCAGUGCUUAACCUGACCGAACUGGCUGCCCUUCGGCCUGACCUUGGGAAACUGAAAAAGAUUCUGUACUUCCACGAGAACCAAUUGGUAUAUCCUGUCAAGAAAUGUCAGGAGAGGGAUUUUCAAUAUGGAUACAACCAAAUUCUUUCAUGCCUGGUGGCUGAUGUGAUCGUAUUCAACUCAAUUUUUAAUAUGGAGUCAUUUCUCACUUCUAUUGGAAAAUUUAUGAAGCUGAUUCCUGAUCACAGACCGAAGGAUCUGGAAAGCAUCAUCAGACCCAAGUGCCAAGUUAUUUACUUUCCCAUCAGAUUUCCUGAUGUGAGCAGAUUCAUGCCCAAGCACAAAGCAGCCCACUUAAAGAAGAUGUUGAGUCUUAAAGGAAGCGGCAGCGCUGCCUCAUCCAUGGUCCUUCCUUUCCCGCCAGAGCAGAGAGAUUGUGAGAAUGUAUUGAAGAAGUGUAAUACAGAGCACAGUGCACACUCUGGCCUUGACACUGCACAGCAAGGAAACCUGCAGGAGUCAGACUUGGAAAAGCCCAACAUGUCAGAUAACUCAAGCUCUAAUUGUGAAGAAAAUAGACAAAAUCUGACUCCUCAUCCCUGUGAAUCUCUCAGUGGAGCUGACGAUCAGCAAAGACCAUUGCAUAUUGUCUGGCCUCACAGGUGGGAACAUGAUAAAGAUCCAGAAAGUUUUUUUAAGGUAUUAAUGCAUCUUAAGGAUUUAGGACUUAAUUUCCAUGUCUCUAUCCUUGGAGAAACUUUCACAGAUGUCCCAGAUAUAUUUUCAGAGGCCAAAAAGGCAUUGAGAUCUUCUGUCUUACACUGGGGCUACUUACCCAGCAAAGAUGACUAUUUCCAAGUACUGUGCAUGGCUGAUGUUGUCAUCUCUACAGCUAAGCAUGAAUUCUUUGGAGUCGCAAUGUUGGAAGCUGUGUAUUGUGGUUGUUACCCACUUUGUCCCAAAGAUUUGGUUUAUCCUGAAAUAUUUCCAGCUGAAUAUCUGUAUUCUACACCUGAACAGCUUUCAAAAAGGCUCCAGAAUUUCUGCAAGAGACCAGAUAUUAUAAGAAAACAUCUCUAUAAGGGUGAAAUGGCUCCAUUUUCUUGGGCAGCCCUACAUGGUAAAUUCAGGUCUCUGCUUACAACAGAACCUAAGGAAGAUUUGUGACAGAUGGGGCUAAGUCACAAACUUGCAGCCUAAGGCAGAAUCUGAAGAACUUUCCAGAGUGUGCCCAUAUUUACCUGAUCAGAGAGAAAAGAAAAUCUGCAGAGGAAGCUGAGCCUGGCUGCUUGUCAUAGCUGACACAGAGCCAUCUGCCACAAACCUGUGGCGGCUCAGAUCUCCAAUCCCUGCCACCACCCCAACUCAAAUUAAAUACAGAUUCCUAGAGACGUUAUGAUGGUUACACAUGUCCUCGGCAUCACAUGUAGGAGACUGUUCAAAAAAAAUAUGUGGCCUGUUGUAUAACCGCACUCAUGCGUCCCAUAUGUGGUGCCACGUUGAAUUUCCGGUCGAAUCCGUUUUUAUCCUCUGUACUGGAUGACAUGGUGCCUGAAUUCUUUCUUUUCGCCGACACGAUGGCAGCCAAACUGCAGCUUCAAACGCUUGCACUUGGCUGGGUUUCUACCUGGGUUGCCAGGUUAUCAUCGGAGCCUUGUUCUGUCCUCAAAGGGCCACAGGGCCUGAAAGGAGGAUCAGAAUGCUACCAGACUAAUUGGGCAGCCAUCUCGGAAUUGUUUGUGGGCAAAGGGCUGCUUUAGCACUUUUCUUUUAGCAAAUUAAUGACUUUCUGGCACAGGGGUUUUUAAGUGAAGGUAUUAAUAAGGGGUCUGGCAGGUAUUCCCAUGAUUCACAGAGUUACAUUUGCAUUUAAUUAAUCUUAAAGAAAGUUGCAAGAUAAACAGCUGUAAUUCGGACAAACAUGGCUAAUGGAGGAAGUGGGGCCAUCUAGCCCAUAAAACAAACACUGAAAUACUUGUUCUAAUGUUUUUCUCACCCUGGGGGUAAAAGUAGACAAA